AUGUGCUGCAAGCACUGUUGCUCGCAGGCCUCCGGAUCACCGCCAGCACCAGCUCCAGACAUUCGUCGUGGAAACAGAUCUGCGCCAUCCAGGUCCUCCAGCAACCAGUCUUGGACAUCCAAUUCCGUCGGCAGAAGCCGCAGUGGACUUGAUCUUGAGGUUGCAGAUGAACAUCGAGGACUGGAGUGCAAAGCAUUUCCCGUUGCACGGAAAUCGCGCACGUCCCCGUUGGGUUCCAACAGACUACCACCUUCACCGGCCAUGAGCUCUCGCGAGAUUCUCGAGGAUCUCUCGAUGCACGGCCGUACCUGGCCCGAGCAGAUGGCAGGUUUGAUCGGUGGGAAGAAGGCUGGCGACACCCCGACUUCUCCGACGCAGCGCGUUCCAUUUACCAGAACCAGGUCAAGAACAGAACCUGAAGACCUUGAGCCUCCACCAUCCGCAAGGAUCGAGGCCUCUGAGCCAAGCAGUGCCAACAAAUCUCCUCAGUUUUGGGAAACGGAGGAUCGCCGGGUUCGCAGCUUGUCGCCGCGAGCGGGAGAUCGCAGUCAGUCCCCGCUUGAUGCCGGGAGGCACGGUGGAGCACCGGGCUCCUCCCGUCGUCAGGUCCUGUUCAAUUUGUCAAUAUUUGUCAGUCAUUCUUCAAUCAUAAUUACUGUAUCACCUUUAGACAUUUGGUGUUAA